CGGUGACGCGUGUCCGCCGUGUCCAUUCCGGCGACGGCCGCCGGUUUCGAUGGGGGGAUCCUUCGUAUCGCUCCCGGCGACGGCCGCCGAUCCCGCGCGCCGCUCUAGUGCGGCGUGUGAAAGCCAUCGGCGCAGGUACGGAGGAGCCUGAUAGGGGGCAGGCCGGGCAGUAUCAAACCCAUGCAGCAGACGGCGAGCGAGAGGGAGAAGGAGGAGGAAGAGGAAGAGGUGGUGGAAGGGGAUGAGGGGUAAAGAAGGCAGCGGGAGGCGGCGAUGAGGAGAAGUGCGAGGGUAUGGAAGGGGCGGAGCUCUGCAUUGAUCUUGUACUCAGCCAUUUUCUCAGGGAGUUCACCCAAACACUUCAGAACCAGCCAUGGAACCCAUGGCAAGUGAGUCAUCUGUGCCCAAAGGGACAGCUUUUGCAGACUUGCUACUGCAAGGGCCAGAACCCCCAGGCCUGUGGAAUGAUCUCACUGGCAUAUUCAGGAAGGCAUUUUGUUGCCGUGGUGCAGACAAACACUUCACACUGUCUGUGUAUGUGAUGUCUGUUCUACAAGGUCUGUUUCCAAUACUUGACUGGUGGAAAAGCUACAAUCUGAAAUUCUUCCGAAGUGACCUCAUGGCUGGCCUAACUCUUGCAAGCCUUAGCAUCCCACAGAGCAUUGGAUAUGCAACUCUAGCAAGACUGGAUCCUCAAUAUGGCCUUUAUACAAGUGUUGUACCGCCUCUUGUAUAUGCUGUCACGGGGACGUCUAAGGAGAUAGCCAUUGGACCAGUUGCCAUUGUAUCACUCUUGCUUUCAUCAAUGAUUCAGAAGAUAGUUGAUCCAGCUGUUGAUCCAACUUACUACCGAAAAAUGGUUUUCACCGUGACAUUCCUUACUGGUGUCUUCCAGUGUGCAUUUGGUCUGUUCAGACUGGGCUAUCUUGUGGAUUUUCUAUCACAUGCUGCUAUCGUCGGAUUCAUGGGAGGAGCUGCCAUUGUGAUUGGGUUACAGCAACUGAAGGGUUUGCUUGGACUUAGUCAUUUUACAAAUAGAACAGAUGUUAUCUCUGUCACUAAGGCGGUCUGGAUUUCAGUUCAUGAAACGUGGCAUCCGGAUAACGUCUUCAUUGGUUGUUCCUUUUUCAUGUUCAUUCUUGCCAUGAGAUUCAUUGGAAGGAAGUACAAGAAACUCUUUUGGAUCUCUGCCAUUGCACCUGUAUUAUCAGUUGCACUGUCUACUCUGUUUGUCUAUGCGACAAGUGCCGAUAAGCAUGGAGUGAAGAUCAUACAAAAAGUGAAUUCAGGCAUUAAUGCAAGUUCAGUCAAGCAGAUAGAUCUUAAAGGAGACUAUGUUGCAGAAUGUGCAAAGAUUGCUCUUAUUUGUGCUGUGAUUGCUCUGACGGAAGCUGUUGCUGUUGGCCGCUCUUUUUCAGCAAUUAAUGGAUAUCGAUUGGAUGGAAAUAAGGAAAUGGUAGCUAUGGGCUUCAUGAAUAUAGCAGGAUCCUUAUCAUCAUGCUACGUAGCAACAGGCUCUUUCUCGCGGACAGCUGUGAACUUUGCGGCUGGUUGCAAGACAGCCGUUUCAAACAUCAUCAUGGCUGCCACUGUGAUGGUUGCCUUGGAGCUGCUCACAAAGCUCCUGUACUACACACCAGUGUCCAUCCUUGCAUCAAUCAUUCUAUCAGCUCUUCCAGGACUGAUAAAUGUUCAGGAAGUCUGCUUCCUGUGGAAAGUCGACAAGAUGGACUUCCUCACAUGCAUGGGAUCAUUCCUUGGCGUUCUAUUUGGAUCAGUGGAGAUUGGUCUUUCAGUUGCACUUGGUGUUUCCUUUGCAAAGAUUGUUAUACAGUCGAUCCGGUCUCAAGUAGAGAUUCUUGGGAGGCUUCAGGGCACGGACAUCUUCUGUAGCAUCAAUCAGUAUCCAGUGGUUCAGCAAACACCGACUGUACUGACCAUACGCAUUGAAACAUCUUUCCUUUGCUUCAUCAAUGCCAGUUCCAUCAAAGAAAAGAUCAUUGGGUGGGUAACUGAUAAGCGCGAGGCAUUCCGCUCAGUCAUUCUUGACAUGUCAAAUGUGGUAAACAUGGACACUUCAGGACUUUCAGCGCUGGAAGAACUUUACAAGGAGCUGGCGUGUCUCGGCAUCCAGAUGGCGAUGGCCAGACCUGGAUGGCAGGUGACCCACAAGAUGAAAUUGGCGCGGCUCAUCGACGAAGUCGGAGAAAGAUGGUUCUUCCUCACGGUGGGUGAAGCAGUGGAAGCUUGCCUGACUAUGAAGGCGGCAAACGCCCUGGAAUGCUGCUGAAUCCACCGUGCGUGAUCUCCAGUGGUAGAAUAAAGAGAAGCACCGGUGUUCUGUGGCUACGUUACAGAGAUUGUGCUUUACUAGGGCUGCACGAUGAUGCAGCUCCAAUAGUGCUCUUCAUAUAUUUGGAGCUGUCUGAAGUUAGUGGCGACUGUCGAGUUCGUCUGAAUGUCCAACUGUAAAGUGUAUUGUACCAGAUGCAUUUGCGAAGAGCAAAGGCCAAGGUUUUUAGUGCUGCUUCUCAUGAUUGUAUAAUUAGUAUAAUGAAGUUUGAAGUUUGUAUAAUUAAUUUGAGUACUGGGAAUGCGAUAUUCACUUGGAUUUGUGGCGUCCUGUCAAAUCCGAGCUACUAUGCUGCAAAAUUCGUUUGACCA